UCAAUUCUCUCUCUCUCUAUAUAUGUCCAAUGUCUUCUUUGUUUACCAUAAUCACAAUCAAUUAGCAGGUUUUCUCCUCUUUUUUUCCAAUCAUAAAUCAUCAUUUAAAAUCCCAUUGAAGAACAAAAAAAAUGGCAUUAAUCCUCCAAUCUUCAAGUUUCUUAAGUUCUUGCAGUACUUCUGUUCCCUCAACAUCAUCUUGUAGUUGCAGAAGAGGAUUGAUUAGAGCGAAUAUUAAUAUUCCAAAUAAUCAGACAAUUAAAAUCUCCCUUCCCAGGUUUCAAAGAAGAGCGAGAUUAGUGCAGGAACAAGAGUUGAUUAGUGGAUUUUCAACCAUAAGCACCAACAACCCAAUUGAGAAACAAUUUAGCCCAUCAAGAAUUGGUCCUGAUCCGCUGGUUAUCAAGAAGCUUUACGCAAUCAAGGAGGCAGUUGCAGAUAGAGUGGAGAUGCAUAGGAAUAUUGGGGAACAGAGAAGCCAGUGGAACAAUAUGCUUUUGACAUCCAUUAAUGGCAUAACUUUAGCUGCUGCUACCAUGACUGGAAUUGCAGUUAGCAGUGGUGAUCCUGUUUUGGGACUGAAGAUGUCUUCUACUUUGUUGUAUUUGACUGCUACUGGCAUGUUGGUGAUCAUGAACAAGAUCCAACCAUCCCAGCUUGCUGAAGAACAAAGAAACGCAACAAGGCUGUUUCAAGAUCUCUAUAACCAAAUCGAAACAACUUUAUCAAUUGGUCAUCCUUCAGCUAUUGAUGUGAAAGAGGCUAUGGACAGAGUAUUGGCUCUUGACAAAGCCUACCCACUCCCUCUUCUUGGCGUAAUGCUUGAAAAAUUUCCAACUUCUGUGGAACCUGCUGUUUGGUGGCCUCAACAACGUCGAAGACAGCCCAAAAGAGUCAGUGACGGCGAUAAAUAUAAUGGUUGGAACGGGAAAUUGGAAGAGGAAAUGGAAGAAAUAAUGGGAGUAUUAAGCAGAAAAGACCAAGAAGAAUAUAUUAGUCUGGGGAAAAAGGCCUUGAAAUUUAACAAGUUUUUAGCCAUUUCUGGUCCUUUACUCACAGGCCUAGCAGCGGUUGGCUCUGCAUUUGCAGAUUCUUCUCCUUCUCAUGGAUCUUGGGCAGCUAUGUUUGGAAUUGUUGGUGGCGCUUUAGCAAGCGUUGUUAACACGGUUGAGCAUGGUGGACAAGCUGGAAUGGUAUUCGAAAUGUAUCGAAGUAACGCUGGUUUCUUCAGGUAUAUGCAGGAAUCAGUUGAGUCCAACUUGACAGAAACAGAUAUGGAGAGAAGAGAAAAUGGUGAAGUGUUUGAAAUGAAAAUGGCUUUGAAGUUAGGUAGGAGCUUAUCUGACCUAAGAGAUCUUGCUGCUGGUGCUUCGUCGAAGGGAGAGCAAAUUGAGUUCGGAAGCAAGCUCUUCUAAAAUUUUGACAAUUCAUAGUGUAAUGCAUAGACAAAAUCAAGUACAUAUCAUUGUCUAUAAUUAAGAGUAGGGCUAACUCAUUCUUUCAGAUUCAAAUGUUACUUAAUUAAAUUGCUUAUAACAGUUUCUCAGGCCAUCUUGCUAGCUGCAAGUGCCUUGAUUUG